AGUCGGAAAUCAUCUUCGAACGUUAAAAAAUGGAUCGGUAGCUAGAAGAGAUAAAUUAAAGCGAAAACGCAAAGAAAACGGCUUUUGUCCGCUAUUUCAGCGAUUUUUUUUGUGUUGUAACCAGCAGAAAAUUUUUAACAGCUACAACGACCAAACACCACCAACAGUUAGUCCCAGGCAAUAACCAACAACAAUUUUGCAAUAUCAAUAGAAAAUUUUACUGCAACUACUACAACAACAGCAACAACAACAAACACAGUCAAGCCCAAUAGAAGAUAGCCCCACAAAGGAAAGGUGAAAAGCAGAAAAAGAAUAACCAAGGAAAAUCAUUUAAAAACGAAAAAAUAAAAAAAGAAGAAAUAUUCAAUUUUUUUGUUCGCUUUGCCGAUGUGAUGAGAAAAUCCGUACCCAACACCAUCAACAACAUCAACUACCAACAACAACCGACCGACAACCGAGCAGCGCAGCCAACGUCAACAGAGCAGAGCAGCUGCUGCAGCACAGUGGAUGACAAUUUGUAUUUUGCUGUGACAAUUUUUGAUGCUGCGCAAUUUGCAACGAAGCCGACCGCACAACAACAACAUCAUCGAUAGCAACACUGCAGUGGCAAGAAUUCAAAUUCACACAACUAAAUUUCUUGGCAGAGCAGCCAGCAGCAGCAGCGACAAAUCUUUAAACAGCCACCAUUUUGAAUGAGCGCAACAACAACAAUAGCAGCAGCAUCUAAACGGCGCAGAGAGAGCGAGAAGAGAACAUCGCAGCAGCGCAGCAACAGCGACGUUGACGUCAACAUUGUUUCUUAUUAGCGACGAGGGAGCGGAAGCGGGUUGCAGACACAUUUGCAGCUGUUAGACCGGAAAAAAAAGUUCUGCUCGAAAAGACUGUGAGAAGAGUGCCAAAAAAUGAUGGUUGAACGCAUUUUAGAGGAGAAAAAUGCCAGCACAACAGCUGCUGCUGUUACUACUGCUGCAAAGGAGUUUGCGUCGCUGCGGCAGAGCGCCGGCGGCGGCAGCAGCAGCAGUAGCGGCAAUAACAACGCAAGCGGCUCCGCGGACAGCGGCGUAGGCGGCAGCAAUGUCUCCUGCAGCAACACCGACAACAGCUGCAGCCAAAGUCAAUCAGACGGUCAGAAUGAGCUAACGCGCUACAGCAGCGAAGAUGUGUCCGGCAACGAGUCGAGUGAAGCGCCCAAUAUGACCGAAGUGGAGCGUCAGGCGGAGCUCAAUCGGCACAAGGAGGAGAUGCAGAAGAAGCGACGCAAAAAACGCAUCAGUUCCUCGCUGCACUCGUCAACAUUUCAAGAGCUGUACAAGCUGACGGGGGAAAUACUUGGCGAGGGCGCCUAUGCAUCGGUGCAGACGUGCGUUAAUAUCUACACCGAUCUGGAGUAUGCUGUGAAGGUUAUCGAUAAGAUACCGGGACAUGCGCGUGCGCGUGUCUUUCGCGAAGUGGAGACAUUCCAUCACUGUCACGGCCAUCCGGGCAUCUUGCAAUUGAUCGAGUUCUUCGAGGAUGAUGAGAAAUUCUAUUUGGUGUUUGAGAAAAUCAAUGGCGGCCCAUUGCUGACUCGCAUCCAGGAGCAUAUCUGUUUCUCGGAGCACGAGGCGGCGCAGAUCAUCAAAGAAAUUGCGUCCGGCCUUGAUUUUUUGCACAAGAAGGGCAUUGCUCAUCGUGAUCUCAAGCCGGAGAAUAUAUUGUGCGUGAAAACGGAUUCGCUGUGCCCAAUCAAGAUUUGUGAUUUCGAUCUUGGCUCCGGCAUCAAGUUCACCACGGACAUCUCGUCGCCAGCCGCCACGCCUCAGCUAUUGACACCAGUCGGCAGCGCCGAGUUUAUGGCGCCCGAAGUCGUCGAUCUGUUUGUGGGCGAGGCAAACUAUUAUGAUAAGCGCUGCGAUUUGUGGUCCCUGGGCGUUAUUGCGUACAUUUUGCUAUGUGGCUAUCCGCCAUUUUCGGGCAACUGCGGCGAGGAUUGCGGCUGGAAUCGCGGUGAAAACUGUCGCACCUGCCAGGAGCUGCUCUUCGAGUCCAUUCAAGAGGGACAUUUCUCCUUUCCGGAAGCCGAAUGGCAUGAUGUCAGCAAUGAGGCCAAAGAUUUAAUUUGCCGUCUGCUGGUCAAGGAGGCAUCCAAGCGUCUCAGCGCCGAAGCUGUGCUCAAUCACACCUGGAUUCGCAUGUGCGAACAGGAGCCACCGGCCAGCAAGAAGGAGAGCCGCCACAAGGCGCUGCAAACGCCAAACAACAUACGACGCAAUCAUCAGUCGGCGCGUGAAAUUUCGCAGUUUGCCGAAUCAGCGAUGGCCGUGAAGCGUGUGAUCCUGCAGCAUUUCUCGAUGCGCUACGACUAUAUGAAGGAGCGCCCGAACAUCUAUCAGCCGUCGCAGGCCUACAUGGAUGCCUACAGCGAUGAGAAUUACAAUCCAAAGCCGCCGGCACAUUUUACGCGCAGUCGCUCGCAGCGUACAGCAGCCGCUGCAGCUGCCGCCUCCACGUCCAGCUAUGGCGGGCGAUUGUCGACGGCGCCAAUUAGUGCUGCUGGUGGCAACAACAUUGGCCACAGUCGUCAAUCGUCGAGGAAUGCCUCGAGCAUAUUUAAUAACAGCGGCGGCUUUAAGACGCUCAAUGUGCACGAGGAGGAUGACGACGAUGAGGACGCACUGGAGGCCUUUGGACGCCUCGACGAGGGUGUCGAUGACGAGUGGGCGCAGGCGACGCGUCGCUAUCAGGAGCAGCGUGAGUUGCAACAGCAGCAGCAGGAACAGCAUCAUCACCAGGAAAACAAUGGUGGCAGCUGCAGCGAGGCUGAGAUGGAUGAUGAGUAUGUGGAGGAGGAGGACGAGGUAGGAGGGAGAGAGGGUGAGGACUAUCAGCACUAUAAGCAUUUUUGGCGCGAGCUGGACGAGGAAGAGGGCGAUGAUUACCUCUACGAGCAGCAACAGCAGCGCAUUGAUGACUUUGCUGAAGAAGAUGAAAACGACGAAGAUGAGGAGGAGGUGGUGGAGGAGGAGGAGCAAGCUGAAAAUCGAAAGCAAUUGAAAGCUAAAGUUGAGGUGAAUGAGGGGCAUGAUGAGGUAGAGGUAAAGGAUGAGGAGAGGAAGAAACUUAUUAUUGAUAAUAUGGAAAAAACAAAGCAAAACGAAUUUGCUAAAUCAACAAUAAUGCGCAACAAUGCGCAGGAGAAGAUGGAUGAAGCAAAGCAGGAGAUGGCCAUGAAGAUGGAGAAGGAGAAGAAGGAGAAUGAGAAUGAGAAGGAUGCUGUUGAUGGGGUUCUAAAGCAACGAUCAACAACAUCAAGUGAUAUUAGUGCUACUACAAUCACCAAUACCAAUACCAAUACCAGCAGCAAAGUGCAAACAACACCAGUUACAACAACAACAACAACAGCAACAGUAACAGCUACAACAACAACACAAUCGUAUGGCAACAACGGCGUUCGGCCAACUGGCAAUGAUAAGAAGGAUAACGAUUAUGAUACUGAUAAUGAUAAUGAUAACGAUAAUGAUGAUGAUUAUGAUGUUAAACUAUUGGAUAGUAUUAGUGAUUUAAAUGAAAAGCUACCUGAAAUUUAUGAGACUGCAAAUAUUGUUGUCAACUCAGCGGCAGUGCCAGCAGCAACAAUAACAACACCAACACCAACAGCAGCAGCAGCAACGUGCCCACCAAACCACAAAAAUGAUACCGAUUACAAUAAGGAUGAUGAUGUGAAUGCGACAAAAACUGCUGCUGAGGCGACAACAAUGCGAACGACUUUUGGCAAACAACAACAGCAACCACAACAACAACAACAAGUUGCUACCAACAGCAACAGUAACAGCAACAAUAAUCAACAGCGCACUGUUUACUUUGCAUUGGAUGCAUAUCAAAACGACGAGGACGCCGACAUCGAUGAAGAGGACGACGAUUACGAUGAUGAAGACGACGAGGAUGAAGAUGAUGAUGAGGAUGACGGUGAUGAAGAUGAUGAUGAAGACGAAGAAGAUGGGGAGGAGGCGCCUGUGAAUGAUCAAAAGCUGUCGGGCUCUGCUUUCAAGGCAACAACGCCAGCAGCCAUUUGCAAUGCGUACACACGCAAGCAGCGACAGCAGCAGCAGCAACGCUACAUCGCGCCCAGGCCGGAGCAUGCGCUGGAGAACUGGCGCAAUCGCAGCCACCAAUCCGAGCAGCAGCAGCAGCAGCAGCAGCAGAAAUAUGGUGCUGCUCCCGUUACGGGUGGCUAUCGGAAGUAUCGGCCGCCGUUUAACACUGGCGGUGGUGGCGGUCAUUAUGGCAAUCAGCAGCGCAACUAUUUGGGCAGCUUCUCGCACAGCGGCGGUGCCGCUGGCUAUAAGGGUGCACUACAGCCACCACCACCACAGUUGGCAGCAGCAGCACCAUCACAGUCGUUGGCGCUUAAACAGCAACAGCUGCGUCAUAAUAGCGCUGGGAGCAGCAGCGGCGGUUCGCCGCCCUCAGAUGAGCAUUCAACGUCGCCAUCGACACAGAUACGCAACUGGCGACAGGAUUGCGUCUAUGCACCCAUGCGCAACUGUGGCAUGAAUCAACAGCAGCCCAGAAGCAUGCAACGCGCCCAUCAUCAUCAUUAUCCACAACAUCAAAAUUAUCAUCAUCAGCAGCAGCAACAGCACCAGCAGUCAGCACAUGGACGUUUUGGCUCUGGACGUUUUACGCACUCGUCGCAGGUGCCGCCGCAUUUGUUGGAUGAGCCGCCCACUUUGGGCAUUGGUCUAUCACCGCCCAGUGAGAGUCUCUUGCUGCAGCGGCGCAUGCGGCAACAUCAGCGGCCCAGCGACCUCGCCGAAUGCUAUGAGCCGGCCACAGCUAGUGGCUAACUGAGAACUGCGAACUGCUAACAACAACAGCAACUGUUGCGGCGUCCUGGCCGAACAACAACAGCAACAAAAAACAAACAUGUUAAUUGUGUUUAUUUUUUUCCCCUAUUUUCAUUUUUUUUUGUAUAAUUUUUUUAUAUAUACAAAUCAAGCAGAACAACAAAAAGCAACAAUAAGCAAAUUAGCAAAUUGUCAUUUAUAAUUUGCACAAAACUAAAAAAAAAAAUAGAAAAUACAAAAAGAACUUUAAAAACUGUUAACAAAUAGAAACUACUUAAAAUUCCGUCUAAAUUUAAUGCAGAGCAGAAAUUGUGUUAAGAGAAAAAAUGAUUGCAUAACAAUGCUGUUAAAUCGAGAAGAAGAAGAAGAAGAAACCAAACAGUCGUUCGAAAAACAAAAGAUAAAAAAAAUCAACAAAAAACCUUUUUUUAUAAAAAAGAUUUAAAAAAGAGAUGAAAAAAGAACAUGUAAUUAAUCGCUAUACAUUUUUUACUAUGAAAAUAAAAACAAAAACAUGAAUGCAUAUUGUUUUUAAGCGAGUUACACACACACACACACACACAACACACACACACAUUACACACUUAAAGUUUUUUUUUUUUGGUUAGAUUUGAAGAACUAAAAAGAAACCAGUUGUCGCCAAAAAUGUUAACUUUUUUGUGCUUUUCUGUUAACUAAGCAAAAGAAGCGAAAGUUGUUGCAUAUAUUUGUUUGUUUUUUUGGGUCGAAGUAUAUCAAUUAAAAAAUGUAUAAUCAAUUAAGAAUUUUUGCAUACUGAAAAACCAAAACGUACAACACAAACAAGAAAAGCUGUUGACAUUUUUGAUAUGUUUUAAUUUCAAUUAACAGAAAUUGUUACAAAAAAGGUAAAAAAAAAAGAAAGAAAUGAGAAUAUAUAUAAUAAUCUGAACACAAAUUUAACAAGUAAUACUGAAAGCAUAUGAAUUGAGUUAUAUUAUGGACGGGGUCUGGAAGUUGUUCGGGCCCAAAACUAAAAACUAAAAUACAAAACACCACACAAAUUCACACACACAGACACACACGUCUACAAAAAUAUAAGUGUGCCUAGGUGGGCUUAAGAGAGUGAUCAAGCUAUUUUAUAAACAAUUUUUAUACCAUACAGUUUGGCUGAACUACUGAAAAUCUAUAUAAUAAUUGCUUAUAUGGUACUUGACAGUAACUUUAAGCUCUGCUUAGACACAUCAAGCUCAAUGUGCGCUUAAGAUUUUUGUUAAAAAAAAAAUAAUUAAAAAAAAAAAAAACUUAAAACAUUUCCCAUUCCUUUAACGUGAGUGUUAAGCGCAUUUUGAGAUCUCUAACUAAAAAUUCUAACUGAAGGGAAUGGCUGCAACUGCUUAACCAUCCUAAAUAGUUGCAGCACUAUCCGAAGUCUUUUAUAAAACUUUCAUAUUUUCCAAAACUUGAAAAUGAAAAACAAUCACUCACUUUUCUCACUUUUAACAUGAAGAAGCAGAGAAAAUUCUUGACACAUUGCUCAACAAGUUUUUUGCUGGGCGUAAAUAAUAAAAAUUGAAAAGAGAAACAUGUGUUAAUUACAAAAUAAUAAUAAUAAUAAUAAUAAAAACAAAUUGUGAUAUAAAAUGUAAAUGUAAAUUGCACCUGAAGAAAAAAGAACUAUCAACUGACGCUGUGCCAUCAACAAAAACAACAACAACACGACAACAACUACAUAACAUAUUAAACUGCAGUGAAGAUUUGUAGAAGCAAAGAUGAGGGGUAGCAGGAGUUUUCAUUCAACUAAAUGCGAAAUUCGUUUAAUUAUUAUUAUAAUAUUUUUGUUUUUUCCAUACGUUUACGCCCCAAACGAAAUUUGAUUGUCAGAAUGCUUUGCUCCUCAACUAAACUGGUAUAAAAACAUUCUUCUAUUUUUCCAACCAACAAAACUGUAACUAAAACUAAAAAUAAACUAAGCGAAGAAAGUUAAAAAAAAGAUAAACUAUACAAAACGAGAAAUAAAUGAAUAAUAUUCAAAUUUUGUACAACAUUUUCAAUGAUAAAUUCAGUUAAAAUUCGUUUUUAAUAUUUAAGUGCGCGAAAUACCCCAGAUAAUUUUAAAUUAAUUUAUACAAAUAUGUAUUCCUACGAAAAAACAAACAAGUUUGUUUGCAUUGUAAACUGGAACUCACGAUAAUAUAUGAUGAUGAUGAUGAUGAUGGCAGAAACACACUAAGGAACGCUCUUUUUUAAAUUGUAAAACUGUGAGAAAUGUUUCGCAACGAAACAAAAAAAAAUAAAUCAUAUUACCACUUAUAAGAAAAGAAAUUAAGCGAGAGACAUGUUAAUCAAGAGACGCUCCAAAAUGAAUCGUAUACUACACACUACUAAAACACACACACACACACAUAACACACACCUACAAACACAACACGCAUACAUAUAACUAAAUGAUAAGUAAAGUUUAGUUUUUAUUAUUUGCAAGAAAGGUCCGUUAAAAUAAUAUUUGAUCGUUAACAUUUAAAGUAAAAACGCGAUGCUUUACUCUUAAAAUAAACAAAACUAAUAUACUCGUUUUAGUUCCAAUGGUGAACAGAGUAUGGAAAGUGUGUGACUAGCCAAUGAGCGAGAGCAUUUUAGAGCGUUGUGAAUUGCAUGAAUGUUUGAAAAAUCUGUAACGAAAGCAAAUGCAUAAUAAUGUUCACAUUAUUA